AUGGGUAUCAUUGGUCACUGGAUAUCCCCCGAGUUCGAAAAGCGUGACGAACUCCUUGAAUUCACCGAAAUCAGCGGACCGUAUUCCGGAGAGAAUUUAGCGGAGGUUGUGCUUAAGAUGCUUGACGAACUAGACAUCGCGCCAAAGCUCCUGACUAUCACCGGUGACAAUGUAGGUAAUAAUGGAACACUCUGUGAGAGUCUGCAUGACUAG